AAGGAAGCCUCAGUGAGCAUUCGAAUGGGACCCUGCUUUGUUGCACAGCGGAGGGGAGGAGACAAACUGUGAAUCUUAUCGUCGGAGAAUGACCUGCCCCGUCAUUGUCUAGUUGUAAAAAAUAUAGUAUCGGUAAAAUAUCGGAUUGAACCGGAAAGUACUGAGGAUUUGACCACAUUUAAAGGGAUGUCCAAGCGAGUGCGAAGCAGAGAGGUCUGCGCUGAUUGCAGUGCGCUAGAGCCACGGUGGGCCUCCGUGAACAGGGGGGUGUUGAUAUGCGACGAGUGCUGCAGCAUCCACCGAGGUCUGGGGCGACACAGCUCUCAAGUCCGGCAUCUCACUCAUACUCCCUGGCCCCCUUCUCAGUUACAGAUGGUUCAAACGCUGUACGGCAAUGGCGCUAAUUCUAUUUGGGAGCAUAGCCUUCUGGAUCCGUCCUCUGCAGGCAGUGGGAAACGCAAGGGCAACCCUCAGGACCGAGUGCACCCUAACAAGACUGAGUUCAUCAAGGCUAAAUAUCAGAUGUUGGCGUUCGUUCAUCGGAUGCCCUGCCGCGAAGACGACAACGUCGCCACCAAAGACCUCAGUAAGCAACUGCAUUCAAGUGUCCGGACUGGAAAUCUAGAGACCUGCCUCAGGCUGCUGUCGCUGGGAGCGCAAGCUAACUUCUUCCACCCGGAGAAGGGGAACACACCGCUGCACAUAGCAGCAAAAGCGGGACAGGUAUUCCAGGUGGAGCUCCUGGCCGUGUACGGAGCCGACCCCGGGGCCCUGGACACCAGCGGGAAGACUCCCAUUGAUUAUGCAAGACAAGCAGGUCAUCAGGAACUAGCGGACCGCUUGGUGGAGAUCCAGUAUGAACUCACUGACCGGCUGACAUUUUAUCUGUGUGGGAGGAGGCCAGAUCAUAGAACUGGGCAACACUUCAUUAUCCCACAACUCGCAGACAGAUUUAACAGCUUAGAUUUAUCCGAAUUUGCCAAGGCUGCAAAGAAGAAGCUCCAGUCUCUCAGCAACCAUCAGUUUGAAGAGCUGGCCAUGGAUGUGUACGAUGAGGUGGACAGGAGGGAAACAGACGCCGUGUGGCUGGUCACCCAGAACCACAGCACCCUGGUGUCCGACGCCACCGUGGUGCCCUUCCUCCCCGUCAACCCGGAGUACUCCUCCACCCGCAACCAGGGUCGUCAGAAGCUGGCCAGGUUCAAUGCCCAUGAAUUUGCCACUCUGGUCAUCGAUAUUCUGACGGAUGCCAAGCGGAGGCAAUGGGGCAACUCCUGUGAAAGUAUGAAAGAGGACGUGGAGCUGAUCCUCAAAGGGAUAGACGGUUGCCAUGGCAGCGACAGCCAAGACAACGACCAGCCGGAUUACGACAGCGUUGCGUCGGACGAAGACCCCGACAGGGAGGUCGCGUCCAGGGACAACGGCAACGACCGACGGACCAAGAGCUCUGAGUCAUCGGACCUCUCCGACGGACCAAUCACGGUGCAGGAAUUCAUGGAGGUGAAGAGUGCCCUGAACGCCUCGGAGGCCAAGAUACAGCAGCUCCUCAAGCUCAACUGUCACCUGAGUGAGGAGCUCCGCAUGAUGCAGGGCAAGCUGAGCUCCCUGCAGACGGAGAACUCCUCGCUGCGAUGGCAGAGCCCCGGCGGCGCGCAGCAGCCCCCGGAGCCCCCCGGCCGCCCGCCGGCCCGCGGGGGCCGCCCCAUGUCCAUGUACGAGACGGGCUCGGGUUCCAGGCCCUACCCCUCCCACAGAGGCGAGGCCCUCCGGCACGGCGGGCUCGUGCUGCAGCCCCUCCCCCCCAACAUUGGGAGGGGUCCUUUGGGGACGGCCGCCUCCUCCCUCCCUACCUUCCCCUCCUCCCUGUCCUGGUCGUUGGACGAGAGAUCUCGAAGGGGCUGCAGUCUGGAGGGACACAGCAGGGUGAUGGAGAACGACUACGACAACACGCCCGAUCACCGCUCUGAACCGGAAGAGACACGUCCGUCCGUGAGCUGCGAGUCGUUGGAGGAGCUGCCCGAGGAGCGUGCCGAGGCAGACUCCACACUGCCCGGCACCGAGGACGUCAUCUGCAAGACGGAGCAGAUCACCAAGAACAUCCAGGAGCUGCUGAGGGCCGCCCAGGAGAACAAAUACGAAAGUUUCCUGCCGUGCUCAGAGAAGAUCCACGGUGCUGUGAGGGAGAUGGCCACUCUGUUUCCCAAGACGCCGCGGUCGGAGACGGUGCGCGGGGCGCUCUGCCUGCUGACCACCAGCGCCGGCCGGCUCCACGGACAGUGCCAGAAGGCCACGCUCCACAGCCCCGCCCCGGCCGACCUACAGCUGGUCACACAGCAGGUCAUCCAGUGCGCCUACGAUAUCGCCAAGGCGGCCAAGCAACUCGUCACCGUGACGACCAAAGAGAACAGCAACUAGAUCAUGUGCAGCGCCAGAGUUCAUUUUUUUUUUUUUUUUUUUCUUUCUCGAAAUGCUUCUGUGUCGUAUUCUGUGUCGUGGAAGUUGUUUCGAACGAUUUUAAUCAGUAUUAUGCUAUCGUUUUUUUGUUUUUUAUUGGCUUGUUGGUUUUAUUCAGUUUUGGUCAAUGUAACCACACAUGUAGACUAUCCUACAGAUGUAUUGGGUGAAACUUUAUUUAUUGACCUUGUUGUGUGCUACACUUGAAGUGACUCCAGAUUUUCCAUAUAGACACGUUCCCUGCGUUCAAUAUCUCAUUGAAGAUAUUGGAUUUUUUCACAAUGCAUUUAGCCUCACACAACUGUUCAUUAUUUACUCUGCCUCUUCCAUCCACUUUAUCUAUUUCUCUAGGAUAGACCGUCUUUCUUUUAAUCUGGUCUUUGUGCUGCCGUCGUGUGCAUCUGUUUAAUUCGCCUGUGUUGCUUCGCCAGUUUUAAUACGAGAUGCAAACUUUGUGAAGCUUUGUCAUGGAAUCGUUUGUUACAGCACACUGAUAUUGUAGGAGAUGUAUGUGUGCAAACUUACUUCCCAUCAUUCGUUGUUGUUGUAAUGCAGGUUCAAUGUCAGUAGCCUUAACUCAAAGAUAAGCUUUAUGGUCGCAAUAGGUAUUUUUUCUUCAAGAAUUCCCAAUGUUUCCAAUGUAAAAACAAAAUAUGUAUCAAUGUAAUUCUUUAUUAAGAUUAUGCAAAUGUUAUAUUUAUAAAUUGUCCGCCAUACCUCUAACAAAAAAAACAUUUAUUUUCUUACAACAAUUUUUUUGUUAUAUGCUUGUUAUAUAGUCCAGCUAUCAUCAUGUAUCUCAACUAGUUAGUUAAGGGUUGGGGUUACUGUCCUAUUACUAAUGAAGUUGAUGCAGAGUUAACACCUGUGUAUUUUUGUGCUGCUAUUGUCAGUUCUGUCCGAGUUCUAGUUUUCCGUUUAUUUUGCAAAUCGGGGUACUUGUUUUAAGUUCCUCGGGCCAUGAAAUGUGUUUCUAUUUGAUAUCAUGAGCCAUAUACAAUCUUGUAUUUUUAUUUUAUACUUUUCCAUUGUGUUGAAUAUAAUGGCAUUUUUAGACAAUAAAGCCCCACUAACAAAG